GAACACAGAUCAUAUCAAACACUAGCAAAAUGCCUCGUCUUCCUCAAUGUCCAGGCCAAUGCCUUCUCUAACACGCCCGCAAAACCUGGUCCUGUGUCCUUUGUGUCCUUGCUCUAAUGGUUCUUCUUCAAGCUUCCAAGCUCAAUCUCCCCCUAUCUUCUCUCUCCUCCCCCCAAAUCACCUCUAUCCUCUUUGACCCACCCUCUCUCUCUCUAGCUCUCAAGCACUCUGACUCCUCUUUCUCUCUCUACCCCUCCUUUUCUCCCUUCUCCCUUUCCACCCCUUGUCUACCCUCUCCCCAGACCCAUAUUCCCCCUCCCACCUCCUCGGCCACCUUCCUUCACCUUCGAAACGAUAACCCUAAUUCCCCUUCUCGCCAUCUCUUCCUUACCUCCUCCCCUCUCUCUGGUGGCUCUGCCGUGCUUAUCUGCUUCUAUAUGCUCCAGAAAAACCACAACUCUUUCACCAAAGCUAAAAUUAUUUGUAAUCAUAGUGAUCUUAAAUAUGAUGAUAAGAAAUUCGGGGUUGUUUUCGGUGUGAAUCACGGGGUUUCGAUUAUGUUGGUUGGGUCGAUUAACGUUUUUGCGAUGUAUUCGGCUUCAAAUAGUAAAAUUUGGGUGUUUUCGGUCAAAAUCAUGGAUAAUGAGGAGGAUGGGGUGAAUAUGAAGUUGAUCAAGUGUGCUCUGAUUGAUUGUACCGUGCCGGUAUUUUCGAUUAGUAUUUCGUUUGGGUUCUUGGUUUUGGGGGAAGUCAAUGGGGUCAGGGUUUUUCCGUUAAGGCCCCUCGUGAAAGGAAAGGUUAAAAAAACUAGGCGAGUGUGUAAGAAUUUUAAUGUUGGAUUGGAUACUGGGGAGUUCGAUGGACAGAGAUUGAAUUUGCCCAAUGGGGUAGCUCGGGAAGUCAAUGGAAGUGAUGAAUUUGAUAACAAUUCAAAGGAUUGCACAAAUUGUGGAGUUGUUGGUCGUGGUACCAGAAGUAUUGCUCCUGAAGGGACUGUUGAGGUUUCUUCUAAUGGCCACCGGGAAAAAAAGAUAGACAAGCAAGGUAAGUUUGUGAGACACGUGUGGAUUGUCUUGCUGUAGUUAUUUUGUUUGCAACAAGUUAGGAGUUUGGCAUUGGUUUAUGUGGAAG